AUGGUUCAACUCCUCGUUGACCCCGCCGUUUCGUCCAACGGCGGCGGCGCCUCCGCCCAUGAACAAACAGAUGGAGUCGCAGGUCCCAGUGCUGUGAACGACGAAGCCGGAACCAUGUCACGGGAAGAACAUGCUCAGCGAAUGAAGGAAACAAGCAUGAAGCGCAGCAUGAUGAGAGCACCGCGGAGAGGAUGGUCCCUGACCGACUACCAAGGUGACCAGCACCAGUCCAUGCCUCAUUACCACCCUCACUACAUCUCCCACGUCAAUCGCCACGCACCCAUUCCCGAAAAUGCAGUUUUGCAGUCAUCCAUUGUCCGGCCUGAUUCACCUGCGUCUUCGACCUUCUCUUCAGCAUCUUCAACCGUUGGCCCCAUGGUUCAACUACCCCGUCGACCGAAAAUGCCCCCUCCGCGCCGGUCACAGUCCGUGACAGAUAAGGAACCAGAACCCAGUCAUCAGCCUCGGCUAUCAGCAAAUAUGAAUCUGCUCGAUCUCCCCUCUGAACUGCACUAUGCUCUGUUCGACUUCUUGGACCCUAUCGACGGCGCCUGCCUGGGACUUGCCCAUUCACGACUAUACUCUUUCCACCUUCGCAAGAACGGCAGGGUUCCCCUCUCAAGCCGGUACUCUGGACCAAACGACAUGGAAUGGGCCUGGCGAGGUGCUGGCCCCCUUGUUCGCAGAGAAACCAGCGACCCGGAUCCUUCGCCCCAAGCGCUCGAGAGCCUCCGUGUCAAGGGCCAAGUGUACUGCCGAAAAUGCGGCAUCUCCCGGUGCGAACUCCACCGCCAUCUCAAGGACUGGAUGGGCAGUGAGUACGAGUAUUGCGAAAUUCGAAAGAUGUACGGCCGGCCGGCGGACGAGGCUGCCAAGGCGUACUGCUACAUGAGCUCGCCCAAGAAUCCACAUCGGUGCGGUCGUCACGGAGCAAGGAGGCUGUAA